GCUCAACAGCCGUCACAUGUUUGCCAGCGUUCUCAGCCGUCAGCCGUGAGCAGACCUCAGCAGAUUCACCUCAGAGCAGGAGCCGGGCUUCCCCCAGCCUAACCUCUGCUUCUACAGGGAGGACGGGGGUCAGAUCCACUGCGACGCACCUGCUGAAGUGUACACACAACAAUGCCUAGGAGCAAAAACCAUAUGUGGCCUGAUGACACUGCGUAGUGUAGGGAGGCGUGGGCAGGAGGACAAGCCCUUUCCCAUACCUUUACCAGCAUGUCUGCACUCGCGUGAACACGAUGAAACUCAAUCAACGGCAACUGCUGAACGUCCGUGCUGACAUCAACAGGUCAGGCUCAGAGAACUGGACUUAACGAGAGAGAGAGGAAGACUUCUGACAACUUCAUCACAGCAGCUACAGAAUGUUUAUGAACUUCAGGAGGGUGAAGAAAUGUCAGUUUCUGCAGCUUAUCUCCAUGUGCUGUGUCCUGUCCGUGCUAAUGGUCUGCUGGGAGCAGGUGGAUCAUCACGUCGUGAGCCACGUCAAGUCCUACUCCUACCGGUACUUGAUCAACAGCUACGACUUCAUCAACAGAAGCCUCAGCGUGAGCCGGGAGGAGGCCGACAGCUUCGGCAGCUUCCCGUACCUCUUUAACCCCAAGAGUACGUGUGCGGACAGCGAUGUCCUGCUGCUACUUUUCGUUAAAACGUCUCCGGAGAACUUCAGGAGAAGGCAGGCCAUCCGCUCCACGUGGGGGAACCAGACGUACAUCAGGAGCGAGCUGGGGGUCGCCGUCAAAGUCAUGUUCAUCAUGGGCGUCCACCCAGAACAGCAUAAAAGAGACGCUCUCCAGAGGAAACUCCACGCUGAGGAUCAAGACCACGGGGACUUGGUCCAGCAGGCGUUCUCUGACACCUUCCACAACCUGACUGUGAAGCUUCUACUGCAGUUCCGCUGGGCGCACGCCUACUGCGCCCACGCCCGCUUCCUCAUGUCUGCUGACGAUGAUAUCUUCAUCCACAUGCCCAACCUGGUACGCUACCUGCAGGACCUAAGCAAGCAGAACGUGCAGGACCUCUGGGUGGGUCACGUCCACAGGGGAUCCCCUCCGGUUCGGCGGAAAGAGAGCAAAUACUACGUGCCCUUUCAGAUGUACCAGUGGGCUUCCUACCCCGACUACACCGCCGGCGCCGGGUAUGUAGUGUCCGGAGACGUGGCUGCCAAAAUCUACCAAGCCACUUUAUCCCUCAACGCCUCUCUCCACAUAGACGACGUCUUCAUGGGCAUGUGCGCCAUCACCAUGGGGGUCUCCCCCCAGGAACACGUUUACUUCUCAGGUGAGGGAAAAGCCCCAUACCACCCGUGCAUCUACGAAAAGAUGAUCACCUCCCACGGACACAAGGACGACCUGGCGAACCUGUGGAGGGAGGCCACGGACCCACAGGUGUACGGAGUUUCCUCAGGGUUCUUAGGUAAACUCUACUGCACCGCUGUGAAAAUCAUGCUCCUGUGUAAACCCUACUACUCCAAUUCAUACUCCUGCAAAGCAGCCUUCUCCUGAUGCACUGGAACUACACAAACUAUGGACCGUACGAGUCAACACAGUAUUUAAUUUUAAUUUCACGUAUUUAAAUAUGAGAACGAUUUUGAAUUUCCAGUAAAACAGUAAAAGCACCAAAGCCAUUUUUACAAGAAUUUGUUUACCUUUUUUUUUUUUGGAGGGAAAACUACGAAAAAGCAGAAACUUGAAAUGUGGACCAACCCACCAAAGGACUGGGUUAACAGUGAAGUUCAUGAAGUGAACAUUCAUGAGAAUUAUUUAACUUUUGUAAGGAAUGUACUGUUACCUCUAGAAGAAUGUGUUCUUUUCUUUUUUUUUCUUUUGUUUCAAUUGGAAAUACUGUAUUGAAUUAAAAAUGACUUGAAUGAAGUUAAA